AUGAAAUCAAUUUUUAGUCGCACUCGUACUGCUCGAGCGUUGUUAAAUAACGCACGUGCAAGGAGAUUGAAAUCCACUACUAGUGAUGAAAAACAAAGUCCUUUAAAACGGCUUCUGGACGAUGCCAGCUCGUUUGGUGACAUUUCCAACCCGGAGCCGGAGCUGCGAUGGGCGACAGAGCCGUACGCUAGACUUGCGUCACAGGAACCAACAACACGAGUAGACCCCCGGGAGACCACGGUGUUAUUGUUCCCAGGACAAGGUUCACAAUAUGUUGGAAUGGGCAAGAAACUACUUGAUUUGCCGGCUGCCCGCGAGCUUUAUGAAUUGGCUUCCACUGUUGUUGGGUGGGACGUGGCGCGCGUGUGCACGGAGGGCCCCGAGGAGGAGCUGCAGCGGCGCUGCCAGACGGCCGUGCUGGUGACGGCGUUGGCGGCGCUGGAGCGGCUGCGCGACGAGCGGCCCGGCGCCGUGCAGCGGGCGCGCGCCGCGGCCGGCUUCUCGCUCGGCGAGAUCGGCGCGCUCGUGUUCGCGCACGCGCUGCCCUUCGAGCAGGCGCUGCGGCUGGCGGAGCUGCGCGCGGCGGCCAUGCGGGCGGCGGCGGCCGAGCGCGCCGGCGGCAUGCUCACGCUGUGGCUGCGGCCCGACGCGCGCCUCGCGGACGCGCUGCGGCGCGCGCGCCAGCACGCGCUCGAGCGCGGCGUGGCGGCGCCCGUGUGCGCCGUGGCCAACUACCUGCAGCCCGGCUGCAAGGUGGUGGCGGGCGACGAGGCGGCGCUGCGCUGGCUGGAGGCCGAGGGCGGCGCGUGGGGCGUGCGCCGGGCGGCGCGCGUGCGCGUGGCGGGCGCCUUCCACACGGCGCUGAUGGCGCGCGCGGCCGAGGCGGUGCGCGAGGCGCUGCGCCACGUGCGCGUGGCGGCGCCGCGCCUCUGCGUGCUCUCGUGCGUGGACGCGCGGCCGUACCGCGACGCGGCGCACGCGCGCCGCCAGCUGGUGCGCCUCACGACGCAGCCGGUGCGCUGGGAGCAGACGCUGCACGCGCUGUUCGCGCGGCCGCGGGGCCAGCCGCAGCCGCUGACGGUGGCGCUGGGCCCGGCCGCCGCGCUGCGCGCCUCGCUGCGCCACGUCAACGCGCGCGCCUGGGACGCCUCGCUGCAGGUCGACGUG